AUGAAUAUCAUUUAUUUUUUAAUGAACUCCAGAAAAUUAACCAAUGCCACUCCUUCCAUUUUGGCAGUCCUAGACAACACAUGGCUGGCCUACCAAGGAGGCACUCCCACUAUCUGGCUAACCCGAGUUGGGUUAACAACCCAGCCAAGGUCUGUCUUCUUUUAUACCACUCUCUCUUUUUUGUGUGUACUUUUUUCACAUUGUAUUACUCUCUCUCUCUCUCUCUCUUCAGGUGUAUUCCUUCACAUUGUAGCCCCCUCUAUCCAGCUCUUAUCUUUUCUAAUUGUAUCUCUCUCAGGUCUAUUCUCCUCUCUUAUUGCAUUACCCUCACUCUUUCCAGGUCUUUUUUUUUUUUUUUUUAAAUUCUCUCUCUCUCUCUCUCUCAGGUCUCUUCUCUCUCAUUGUAUUUCUGCAUAUCUGUCUCUCUUGCUUUUCAGGUCUGCUCUUAUUUCCCAUUGUAAUUCCCCCUCCCUCUCUCAGGGUCUGCUCUUUUCUAAUUGUAUUUCUCUCUCUCUCUCUCUCAAGUAUGUUCUCCUCUCUCGUAUUUCUGUCUCUCUCGCUUUCACAUCUGUUCUCUCUCAUUGUAUUUCUAUCUUUUUCUCUCGCUUUUCAGGUCUGUUCUUCUCUCAUUGUAAUUCCCCCUCCCUCUCUCCAGGUCUGUUCUUUUCUAAUUGUAUUUCUCUCUCUCUCUCUCAAGUAUGUUCUCCUCUCUCGUAUUUCUGUCUCUCUCUUUCAUCUGUUCUCUCUCAUUGUAUUUCUAUCUUUUCUCUCGCUUUUCAGGUCUGUUCUUCUCUCAUUGUAAUUCCCCCUCCCUCUCUCCAGGUCUGUUCUUUUCUAAUUGUAUUUCUCUCUCUGUCUCUCUCUCUCUCUCAAGUAUGUUCUCCUCUCUCAUAUUUCUGUCUCUCUCUCGCUUUCACAUCUGUUCUCUCUCAUUGUAUUUCUAUCUUUUUCUCUCGCUUUUCAGGUCUGUUCUUCUCUCAUUGUAAUUCCCCUCCCUCUCUCCAGGUCUGUUCUUUUUCUAAUUGUAUUUCUCUCUCUCUCUCUCAAGUAUGUUCUCCUCUCUCAUUUCUGUGUCUCUCUCUGCUUUCAUCUGUUCUCUCUCAUUGUAUUUCUAUCUUUUUCUCUCGCUUUUCAGGUCUGUUCUUCUCUCAUUGUAAUUCCCCCUCCCUCUCUCCAGGUCUGUUCUUUUCUAAUUGUAUUUCUCUCUCUGUCUCUCUGGUCUGUUCUCCUCUCUCAUUCUCUUUUUCGCUUACACAUACAGAUAGAGAAACAUAUCUUUGUAUGUAG